CCCCCUUCAUCGAACCGAAUCGACUCCGACCCCGAGCCCGACCCUGAUUGACCUGAUUGAUGUCUGAGCACAUCGUCAACUCCAACAACAACCUGAGCGACGAGCAACUCCCCGAAGUCGCCGUGGUCACUGUGCACGAUGACGACGAGUAUGAUGACAAUGUUGCUCCUGACCCCGACGUCGCGCGCACAGUGAGGAACGCGCCCCGCGCUCAGAACGACGCGCUCCAGCAGCAACAGCAGCAGCAGCAGCAGCAGCAGCAGCAGCAGCAGCAGAGUCGACGCGACCCGCACGCUGCACGCCGACCACUGCAUCACCAGACCGGUGUGCUGGACUAUUCUGGUGUGACAGGUCAGCCUGGCGAGACCCCCACAGGGCCCAAUGCUGGUGUCGGCGAUGUGGGCGUGCUGCAGCCGUCGCCCUCGUCGCCCGUGCAGCACCGCCUCGCGUCGCCGUCGCAGUCGGUCGCUGAGCCUACCAUACACAUGACGCAGCAUGUCGGAAGCGCUGCCGCUGGUGGUGGUGGGCAUGUGUCGAGCUACCGCGGAGCCAUUCACCGCUCGCAGUCGCUCUUCCCGCCGCAUCACAGCGGUGCGUUGCACGGCGUCUCAAACCCGCACUUGCACGAUGCCGACGAGUCGUACUACACGCCAUCGCAGGCACAGCUGCACCAACAGUUUAACGCCUCGUUCGAUCGCGAGCACGAAGCGAGUCUGCUGUUUCCAACAACAACGCGCCGGUUGAGCCCGGUCGGCGAGGUGCCUUCUGCCGACGAUCCGUCCACGCCGUUGCUGCACCAUGCUGGUGAAGCGCGCCAUCGCGCUACCGGACAUUUGAUUGGGUCGCGCUCGCACAGCAUGUCCGAGGCGAACUUUGGCCACGUCCAAGCAUCCGGCUCGGCUUCACGUCUGCUUUUCGCUGGAGACAGCGGCGACAACUCGGAUCGAGCUGCAGACCGCAGUCAAGAGCGCGAGCCAGAGCGCCGCACGGGCCGUGGAUUGAUGGGCUUUUUGCGGCGAAGGACGUCGCGCGCGUCCCUCAGCCCGUCCGAAACGACGACGAGUCCGGAACCGGGCGACUCGCAGCCCUUGUUCGUGCCAGACAGCUCGCUUCAAGCCUCUUCGCCAUUGCUCUCGCCGUCGAGCUCACGCACCAUUGCCACAGCGACGCCAUUCCCGCCUUCUCCGGUUUCAGUGUCGUCCGCCGAUGACCUUCCGCCGGUCAUGCACGAGCCCGCGCUUGAGCAUGGUCUUGAUCCCGACUUUGAUCUGUCUGUGCCCCACUUGCUCAAGCUGUUCAACGCGCUGGAUGCCGACAAGGACGGCGAAGUCGCGCUGAGUCGCAUCCUGUCGUCGCUCGAGCCGCUCGCCCGCGCUGGCGCGCGCUCGCCUCGGCAGCUGGUGAUGCACAUGUUCAAGGGCCAGGAGAGCGUGACUCAGGAGCAAUUUGUCCUCGCCAUGCAAGAGAUUGGCGUCAUGUUGCUCUCGCGAACAACCGGAGUUGCGGUUCAGGACCAGGUCAUGCUGGACAUGUUCUGCUACGACUAUGGCCCAUCGCAGGCAAUUUGCCGCUGGGUCUCGCCAGAUCCGCGCAUGUCCAUGUCCAGCCCGCCAAACUGCAUUGGCGAAGUCCACGAGCCGGCCACCGACCCGUCCAUGCCGACCUCGGGCUCUGCCAACUCGCUCAACGACAUUCAAGAAGGCACCAUCACGCUGAGUCACUUUCUGCGGCGAACCGUGCCUCACCAGUCUCUGCCCGUGCGCUGGAUUAACAUGGUUGGCAACGACGCAAGCACCAUCAUCCGCGUGUCGAAUGCCUACAAGCUGCACCCACUCCAAAUCGAAGACAUGCUCAAUACGAAAGAACGGCCAAAGGUCGAAAUCAACUCGGAUGGGACGAUGCACAUUGUCAUUUCCCGCCUCACACUCAAGUCCUACGACUCGAAGGAUUGGCUCCAGCUGGUGACCGACCAGCUCAACAUUUGCCUGCUCCAUGCCGAUUCCACCGUGAUCACCAUUGAAAAAAAGCCCGCAGCUACGACCCAUACCCUGUUGCAGCGCAUUUCCUACGCAGGCUCGAAAGUUCGGCUGAACAACGCCCGCUUCCUGAUCUAUGCCAUGGUUGACGGCAUUGUUGACGACGUGUUUCCCGUUCUCAAGGCGUUCCACUACCAACUGCGCCAGCUUCAAACGCUCGUGCUGGGUCGAAAGCAAACGACAUUGGCCACUGCCAAAGAGUUGCAGCAUUUGCAUCGCGAGCUGAACAACUUGGUUUUCUGGCUUCACUCGCUUAGCUCGGUGAUUAAUCGCUUGCUGGAAGAGUUGCCGCAAGGCACGGACGCGCUGGAUAUUCGCAAGCACAUGGAAGAUUUGAAAGACCACGUUCAAACUCUGCAAGAACAAACCAACUCGAUGAUGCAGUGGGCCAAGUCCCUCAAUGACGAUUUGUUGAACGAGCAGCAAUUCCGAAUGAAUCAGGUCAUGUACAUGCUUACGAUGGUAACAACCACGUUUGUUCCACUUCAGUUCAUCACUGGCGUUUACGGCAUGAAUUUUGAAACGCUCCCUGAGCUGACGUGGCGAUACAGCUACUUGGUGUUCUGGAUUAUCGUACUAAUGCUGCUUACGAUUGCGCUCUGGUUCUUCAAGCGUCGUGGUUGGCUCGAUGUCGCUUAAAACUGGCUGGAACUAUGACUUCUGUUGGAUUUAGCCGAAAAGCAAAAUCAAGAACAAUGAAAUGCAUUUCGAAACGGAAUACAAAUUAGAAUGCAGUCAUGCAUCACAG